CAUGUUUUCAAGUAAACUCAUUAAUUUUUAUUCAAUUGUGUGCAUUAUAAAUAUUGGAUGCCGAGACUGUUUAAACAUUUUACCUAAAAAUCGACAUAAUUGUUCCCUUCAAGUAUCUACCACACAUGGAAUAAUACAAGGCAGUAAAAAAAUAACAAUCAAAGGUCUUCCAUACUUCGCCUAUGAAGGCAUUCCUUUUGCACAACCCCCAUUAGGCGAUUUAAGAUUUCGUUCUCCGCAACCAAUAAAGCCUUGGACUGGUGUACUGGAUGCUACAGUUAAAAGUUCCGAAUGCGUACAAGUACAUAUUCCAUUUCCUAAUAAUCCUACAACGGAUGGUAACGAAGACUGCCUUUAUCUUAAUGUUUUUACACCACAAACGAAGACAAAUAAGCUGCUGCCAGUCAUUUUUUGGAUAUAUGGUGGAGCAUUUUAUGAGGGAUCGGCCGGAGAUUAUGGGCCGUCCAACCUUUUGGAAAAUGGAUUAGUGGUAGUGACUUCUAAUUAUAGACUUGGAAUGUUUGGCUUUUUAAGUACCGGGGAUACAGUGUUGCCUGGAAACUAUGGACUAAAAGAUCAAAACGCUGCUUUACGCUGGACAUAUCAAAAUAUAGUCAAAUUUGGAGGUGAUCCAAAUAGAAUUACGAUUUCCGGACAGAGUGCUGGAGGCUGCAGCGUAUGGUAUCAUAUGCUCUCAUCAAAGAGUAAAGGUCUUUUUAGUAGAGCUAUAUCAAUGAGCGCCGAACCUAGGUCUGUAUGGGCGUAUCAACAAAAUCCAAAAGCGGUGGCUAUGAAUGUGGCUGCGAAUCUUGGUAUAGGCGUGAAAAAUUCUAGUCAGUUUGCCGAGUAUUUAAGAAAAGCUGACAUAACUGAUUUAAAACGUGCAAACUUGUUGGUAACAUUCGUGCAAAUAUUAACUGCACUACAAGAGGGGCUUCCAUUUACACCCACCAUUGAAGUCGAUCACGAAGAAGCUUUUAUAACAAGCUCGCCUACAGAAAUUAUUAGACAACAAAAAUAUUCAAAGGUACCGAUCCUGAUGGGAAUGACCACAACAGAAGCUGGACUUUUUGGGAAAAUUCUAAAUCUUGUAAAACGGAUAUCGGUGGUUUUUGAUAUAAGUCCAGGUUCAGUACCCAAUGGUUUUAAGGGCUUAUCAACAAAAAAUAGUGGUAAAGUUGGAAGAAGAAUUAGAGAUAAGUAUUUACAGUCAAAGUCAUUUGGAACUGUGACGUUCGAAGAACUGUGCAACAUUCUGUCAGAUGCUCUAUUUACAAAACCAAUUAUGGACGCGGCACGUGCUUUAUCACCCUAUACUUCAGUAUAUCUAUAUAUCAAUUCUAAACCCAGUUUGUAUAUGAAAGGAAUUUUAAUACAUUUGGGAUUUCCCAUACUUCUACAUACUAGAGGAGUGGUCCACGGGGAAGAUGUGCCCAUUAUUUGGAAUUAUCGUAAUUUUAGUUCACCAUCAGAUACAUACAUGAUAAAAAAAAUAUUUACCAAAACGUGGUCUAAUUUUGCAGCAACAGGAAAUCCAACACCCGGUAAUGAUCCAGUUUUAAACAAUAUAACAUGGCCACCAAUAACUGAUAACAAUAAUAUACCUUACUUAUCGUUAGGAGAGGAAAUAAAGGUCAAGUAUAACUACAGAAAGAAAUAUGUUGAAUUUUGGGAUAAUUUAGAGAAGGAAGUGAAGUAUAAAGAUAUGUUACUAAAAUAAAUAAAAAAAUC